ACAAAACAAAAUUGUAUUUCUAUUACAGUGUUUCAGCAGGCUUUUCAAAUUGAUGGAUUGUGCUCCUUGCUUUGUUAUCUCAGAUUAAAUUAUUCCUCUGCUACUUUCUGAGGGGUUUAAAAAUCAGCCUAAAGUGCUCUCAGUCAAACAUCAGGCACUCUUCUAUAAAAAUAGACAUGAGAAAUUAGGUCUCUUAUCCCUAAUUUAUCUAUUGCAUUCACUCCAAACAUUUAAAUAGCACAUAUACCCUCACAUUUAUUCAAUAUUAACCUCUCUUUCACCUCACUUUUCUCAUUUUUCAUGCAUGCUUUAUCUUCAAAACAGAAACAAAAGCUGCUGCUGCUGCUUUCUGUAGCCUUCACCUCGCAUGUGACCAACCCCCGCUGUUUGCCGACAUGGUAUUUCCCGAGAACAAGCAGUCGCCUCCCCUCCCUAAGUCAGAAUUGUCUCCACUCCAAGGAAAUACACAGUACCUUCCAGUCGAGUAAAGAAACUUUAGUCACGUUCUUUCAGCUGGACGCCCACAGAUACAUCUAGAUUUGAAAAAAAGGGGUCAGGUUUUCUUGACUGGAGGAGGUUUGUGUGGAAAUUCAGGCUGACAAGUCAUGACGAGAAUACUUCUGAAUUCCUGGGAGAUCCUGUGAAACCACCUCCCCUCCUUUUUCCAAUGUUUCAGUGGUUGGGGCCAUGGCCUCUCAGUCAGGCAACAUGAACCGUGAGGACCGGAAUGUGCUCCGAAUGAAAGAACGAGAAAGGCGAAAUCAAGAAAUCCAGCAGGGAGGAGGAGAGGCCUUCCCAGCAAAUUCCCCUCUCUUCCCCGAACCCUACAAAGUGGUGAGCAAGGAAGAUAAACUGUCCAGCCGUAUUCAGAGCAUGCUGGGCAACUACGACGAAAUGAAAGAGCCAAUUGGUGACACCAUUCCAAAACUUAAUAGUAAACCAUCCAACAGCUCGUCUUCCUCUGAGGAGAAGUCGGGCCCACCUUUGUUUGGUGGGGACCAGCGGUGUGGCGGCAGCAGCCAGAGCAGUAAGUGGACCCCUGUUGGCCCCGCAGCGGGCGGAUCUUCAUCCCAGUCCCAGAAACGCUCAGGACUCCAGAGCGGGCACAGCAGCCAGAGGAGCAACGGAGGCGGUAGCGGCAGCAGCAACAGUAGCCAGAGAGGGGAGGUGCGGGAAAAAAAGUCAAGUAAACACAGCGGAGGGUCCGAUCACUCGAAGUCACACACGUCAAGUCCGGCAAAGGGCUCUCUAAGUUCCUCCAGUAGUCACUCGCGGAGCUCUUUGUCUGCUGAGCAGCAUCACAACAAGGACCGCUACCGCUCAAAGUCACCGCGAGACAGAGAGGCCAACUGGGACUCACCUUCACGGGUUCACACGUCCUUCCCCAGUGGACAGCACUCAAGUCAGGCCUUUCCCCCAUCUCUCAUGUCCAAGCCCAGCACAAUGCUGCAAAAACCAACAGCCUACGUGCGGCCUAUGGAUGGCCAAGAAACAGCAGAACCUAAGAGUUCGCAAGCGGAAAGCUACACUGGACAGUCGCACAGCAGCACUGUGGGAGAGAUGAAGUCCAACGGCAAAGCCUCACUUACCAAACUUAAGAUCCCUUCCCAACCUGUAGAGGGAUCCGGUGAUGCCAACUGUGUCGACGAAAUUCUGAAGGAAAUGACUCAGUCGUGGCCCCCUCCUUUGACAGCCAUCCACACUCCCUGUAAAACAGAGCCCUCCAAGUUUCCAUUCCCCACCAAGGAUGCUCACCCUUUUCCAAGUGGGCACAAGCGAGGCAGUUCAUCAAAGAGCUCGAGUAGCCACCAAGCCAAAGCUUGCGAUGACCAGCCCACUAGGUUGGAGGAAGACCUAAGGCUAAGCAGCAGUGAGGACAGUGAUGGAGAACAGGACUCUGCCAAGAAUGCCUCAAGGAACACAUCAGCAAGCAAUAACAGCGAAGCAGCUGAGCAAUCAAGGGACGACUCCAGCAGCCAUAGCGGCUCAGAGAGCAGCUCGGGCUCUGACAGCGAGAGCGAAAGCAGCACGACAGACAGCGAAGCCAACGAGCAACCCCGGCCUGCCUCCCCUGAACCUGAAAAACCCAUGGCAAACAAGUGGCAGUUGGACAACUGGUUCAAGAAAGCCAAGCAGUUCUCACCCUCAUCUCCAGUGGACAACAAUAACGUCCCACCCAAAUUCAAGAAAGAUGGCCGAGAUAACAGCUCAGGGCGCAGCUAUAGUAGCCAAGGAGGGGGGUCAAAAGAUUCAGCAGCACCCACCCCAAGCAGGGACCUGCGGGCAGCCCAGAAAGGUGCAGAAGGUGGCCGUGGCCGGCAAAAGUCACCCGCACAGAGCGAGGGUGGCACAAAUCCACGUAUUCGAGUGGGUAAAAAGCAGCCUAAAAAAUCAGAGAAGCCUCCUGUGGUAGAGGAACCAAAGGGAGGUCUGAGAGUGGAGAGUGAGCCGGCUCCAGAGAUACCUCCUCAUCAGCCCAAAGCUGCUACGAAGGGUUCACGCAAACCAAGCAUUAAAAAAGAACCCAAAUCCUCGCCGAGGCCCACUCUAACUACUCCCUCCAGCACUGCAGCCCAGCGCAAGCCCAAGGCAGCAACCAAGACUUCUCAGAAAUCUCGUGAAUUUGUUGACACAGACUUUUCAUCAUCAGACUCCGAAGGAAACGACAGCAUCCCGUCCUCAUCCCAGACACCCAAGUACACAGAGAGUAUCAGGACACCCGUGUGCGUUUUUUCGCCUGGGGAAGAGAGAGGGCUGCUGUCUCCUCUCAGUGACCCCGAGGACCGCUACCCUUCGAGACAGCCUCAGCAGCAAGUUUUAUUAGUCAAGAUAGAUCUCAGCUUGCUGUCCAGAAUCCCAGGGCGGCCCUACAAGGAACCUGCAGAGAUAAAAGUGGAGAGGGAAGACUCUCUCGACAGGGAUAGCAAAGACUUCAGCAAACAGAGCUCUGAGAAAAGCUCGAGCAAGGCCAAGAGGAAACACAAGAAUAAUGAGGAAGGCACAAAGCCAGAGACCAAGCGGAUCAAGCUAGAGGAUAAAUCUACAUCCCAUCAUAAAAGCAGCAGUAAAGAUUCUAAAAGGUCUUCGGAAAAGAAAGAGGAGCCAGUCCCCUCUCCUUCCAUGUCCGGUCUUCAGCGGACAAUUAAGGCAGAGCAUCCCAGUCGAAAGCGGACAGUCAGCCAGUCCUCCACGUCAUUGUCCAGUGGGACAGGAAGUGGAAAAGAAGGGAGCCACAGCACCAAGGGCAGCUCCACCUCCAAACAUAGAAAAGGAGAGGAAAAAGGGCGCAGCACACGUGACGGCAAGGAGAAAUCCUCAAAGGGUUGCGAUAACCAGCUGGCUGUGCCCCCGCUCUCCACAGACGGCUCCAAGUCUCAGAGAUCCAAGCUGGUGUUUGAGGACAGGGUCCAUUCAGCAGAUCACUACUUACAGGAGGCCAAGAAACUUAAACACAAUGCAGAUGCACUGUUUGAUCGUUUUGACAAGGCGGUUUUCUAUCUGGAUGCCGUGGUGUCUUUCAUUGAAUGUGGUAACGCGCUGGAGAAGAGCGCUCAAGAGGCAAAGUCUCCUUUCCCCAUGUAUGCUGAAACGGUGGAGCUUAUCAAAUACACUAUGAAGUUAAAAAGCUACAUGGCCCCAGAUGCUACUCCAGCAGACAAGAGGCUAGCUGUGCUGUGCCUGCGAUGCCAGUCUCUUCUCUACCUGCGGUUGUUCAAGUUGAGGAAAGACAGCGCUCUAAAAUACUCUAAAACACUCACCGAACACCUAAAGAACUCUUUGAGCAACACCCAAGCUCCCUCUCCUGGAAUGGGAAAUAAGACGGCAGGUAUGCCCUCUCCAGUAUCUCCCAAACUCUCACCGGGCACAGCGGGUGGCUACUCAGCAGUCAGCAGUACCAGCAGCACUAGCUCGUCUGUGACCAUACCUCAGCGGAUCCACCAGAUGGCUGCCAGUUAUGUCCAGGUCACCUCCAACUUCCUGUACGCCACCGAGGUCUGGGACCAGGCUGAGCAACUAUCUAAAGAGCAAAAAGACUUCUUCACAGAGUUGGACAAAGUUAUGGGACCUCUGAUUUUCAACACCAGCAGCAUGACAGAACUGGUGCGUUACACUCGGCAGGGCCUCCACUGGCUGCGCUUGGACGCAAAAGUUAGUCCCUAGCGAGGACUCACUCCCUGCAAGCUGCUUUUCCACACACCCACACCUCAGCCUCUUGUGUUCGGCAACAUCUGCUCAGAGACAGACACACAAACGCACGCACGCAUGCCCUCAAAGAAGACGGACACACAAACACAACCCUCCUCUGGUCCUCCAUUUACACACACGUGUGAUGAACUUCUCAGACAUAUCUCCAACACUGUGUCCAUUUCCUACACCAGCUUGCCAAAAAAAAAAAAAAAAACAA